CCCUCCUUCCACCUAAGUAAAGACUCGCAACCACAUGUUCUGAUCUUAAGCUUUGCUAUGAUCGGGCUAUGGGUUACUGGCGGGAGGGCUGCGCGGACAAGAGCGAAGAAUAUGCAUGAGAAAUUAGUGACAUUGUUAGAGAGUCGCAUGGGAGACUGGAAGUCGCAGAAAGACUUCAAGGAUACAUCAUGGCCGAUGUCGACAUUCCAAGCCGUCCUUCUGAACGUGAUAUUCGCACCGAUGAGAGAGGCCCCUCCAGAUCUGCAGAACCGUUGCUCAUCGAUAGUCCGCGCACUAACGACAACUUGUAUCGCCGGUGGCUUAUUCUGCUACGGCCGCAUCCGUGCACAGCUGACGCCAAAUAAAUCGCUACUAUUCUCGUGGACAUAG